CAGCUGUUGCUUGCUUGCUUGCUUACUUUUUGUCGAGCGGAAUUUUACUCACGAAAAUAAGGCGAUUUACGCGAUUUCGCGGAUUUUAAGUCGGGGGAAAUGAAGGUGAAUAACGGCGCUCAGUGUCUUCGAGGUUAGAGUGCCUGAAUCAUGGCGACGAGGGGACGAGGUGGUUUUGCCGUUUUGAUUUUUGUCUUAUAUUGUUUCGUCCUCGGUAAUACUGGGGAUUCCCCACCAGAGGAUAUUUUCGAUAAGGGUGCUGUAACCAUUUCUCUAGAAAGUUACAAUCGCACUAAAAGCAACGGUCAAGCUUUUACUAAAAAUGUUACGUUACCAGGGAAUAGCGGUGUGAUCGUUAACAUAAAGACAGUUCCUCCAGAAGUCUCCUUUAUCGUUAUUCAAGUGCACACACACUUACUCAAUGUCACUUUAUCUUAUGAUAAACCCUGGUCCAUCUCAGUGUCAAAAGACAGUGUCAAUGGCACGAACAUUGGCCUCGUCGUAACAGUAAAUCCCUUGGUUUACUUACCCAGUUCCUUAAUGGGAAGAGCAGUCGUUGUCGAUAACUAUAACAAUGGAUCGGUCGAAGCUCUGUUGGCGGUCGUGGCAUACACUGUAAAAGCACCGAUACCGGGAGGAUGCAACAUGGAGUUUAACGUCGAAACGUCACCGUUUCAACGAUUGAUCGUGACCGAGGCGACCGUAAUCGUCGAUGCUCAACCGGCAUCGGCUCCGGCCGUAAAUGGAACUGAGCCGUCCUGCGAGCGACAUCCUGUACAACAUCAAGCAUAUCGGUUGUACCUACCCGAGCAUGACAUCACCCCCGAGACGUACUUUUCAGCGAUUAAAACUAUGCUGACGGCGGAGGACAUUGCUAAAAACGGCGUCAAGAUACCUGCCGCCGCAAUGGGGUCCACCAUGAGGCGGAUUUACAGCGCUUAUCCUGGUUUCGGAUCGGUUUACGGUGUCGUGGCGACUUAUGGCGGCCAAUCCGCAGCCUAUGUUCCGGCUUUUACAUACGCCUGCAACGACCCCGUGACGCCCGAUACUUGUCCACCAUCAUUUACCAUUAUGGCGAAAAUGGUCUGGGCAUUCAUGAUCUUCAUCGGCAUCUACGUCACCUUCUUCGGGUCCCUGUUGAUCAUCGUCCUGGCCUUCCCGAUGGGCAUCUUCUACGGGGUCGUCAUCAGCUGCCUCUUGCUGAACACCGGGAGCGUAGCCGUGAUCCUGCCGAUCGGUCUUCUGUGCGGAGUUGCGGCGAGCUACGUCUGCAAGUACCGGCAAAUGCCGUUUCUGAUGACCUUCCUGGUUAAUGGAACACUGGGACUCCUCAUGGCCAGUAUCCUGUAUUACAGCACGCCAGACGGCUUCCCCCUGGUGAGCGUCAACCUAAGCUUCUGGCUUACCUUUCUGCUGAUGGUGGUGCUACAUCAGUUACUCAUCUUCGUGCCCUUCAUCAGAGUGUCCAUUUCUUGCGCCGUGCUCGGCUCCUACAUGGUGGUCGUAGCGAUCGACUAUUUCGUCGGAUCUGCUCUUAAAUAUAUCGUGAUCAACGUCAUAAGAAGAGCCACCGUGCCCAAUUUCGACGUCGCCAUCAUCACGCCACCGUUCCAGACGAACGAGAUCUGCCUUACCUUGUUCUGGAUCGUCAUCGUGGUCUUCCGGAUGUACAUGCAGCUGAAGUGCUUCGGUCCGUUCGGCGGAACGGAUAUGGAAAAUUCCCCAUUGUUACACUCGGAAGCAUGAAUAUAGGCGUGACGUCAUCACCUUCUUUCUUGUCAUCUCGUUUUAGUAGUCAACGGGAGAAAUGUAUUGCUCGUUACCGCGGUAAGGUACUGACUCGAAUUUAAGUUUAUCUCCCUUGAAACUAGGCUUAAUUACUCAUCCGUGCUAUCCACGCAUAUCAAGACUGUGCUUAAGUGAUUAAUUGAUAACCGCUCAUAUGAUUAGUUCGUUAGGAUGAUACGUGUAGCUUCAGAGGACCUCAUUAUGCGGAGCUUUCGAUUUUGUAAGAUUGGAAGGCGUCCCGCCUAUUAAUAAAUGA